UUAAAUAAAAUAAUUGAGAUCUUCAUUUCUUUUCGCUUCUUGUAUAUAAAAAGUUUUCCCUCGAUGAAUACAACAUUCAAAAAAAAAAAAAAAGGUCAUAGCUUCUCUUGUUUGGUCUUCUCCGAUCGAAUUCUCCAUUAACAAAGAAAGCCGAAGCGGAGGCAGUUUCGAUCCGAUCAUGAAGAGAAAAAUGGAUGGAUCAGUAAGAAGUGGAGUGGAAAGUGUAUUAUCACCUACUUACAAGCUUGGAAAAAGGAUCGGAAUCGGCACGUUUGGAAAAGUGAAAAUAGCUGAACAUGUAUUGACUGGCCAUAAAGUUGCUAUUAAGAUUCUUAAACUCACAAAAAUUAAGAAUAUGGGAAUGGAGGAAACAGUUAGAAGAGAGAUUAAAAUAUCGAGAUUAUUUAUGCACCCUCACAUCAUACGACUGUAUAAGGUCAUCGAGACCACAACAAAAAUAUUUAUAGUUUCAGAAUAUGCGGAAUCUGGGGACCUCUUUGAUUACAUUGUACAGAAAAGAAGGCUUAAGGAGGAUGAGGCUCGCAAACUUUUUCAGCAGAUAAUUUCUGGGGUGGAGUACUGCCACAGAUAUAUGGUGGUUCAUCGAGACCUUAAGCCUGAAAAUUUGCUUCUGGAUUCCAAUUUUAAUGUGAAGAUUGCUGAUUUUGGGUUUAGCAACAUAAUGAGAGAUGGUCAUUUCCUUAAAACAAGUUGUGGCAGCCCAAACUAUGCUGCCCCCGAGAUUGUUUCCGGUAAACUAUACGCUGGGCCUGAAGUGGAUGCAUGGAGUUGUGGAGUUAUAUUGUAUGCCCUUCUGUGUGGCACACUUCCUUUUGAGGAUGAAAGCUUUCAUAACCUAUAUAAGAAAAUAAAGGCCGGAUGCUACACUCUUCCAAGGCAUUUAUCUGCUGGUGCUAGAGACUUGAUCUCACGGAUUAUUGUAGUUGAUCCAAUGAAGAGACUGACCAUUCCUGAGAUCCGCCAGCACCCCUGGUUUCAAGCGCAUCUUCCCAUAUAUUUAGCUGUUCCCCGGCCAGAUACAACGCAACAAGCAAAAAAGGUUGAUGAGGAGAUCCUUCAGGAAGUGGUUAGGAUGGGGUUUGAAAAGAACCAAUUAGUCGAGUCCCUUCGGAACAGAGUUCAAAAUGAGGGAACUGUUGCUUACUACUUACUAUUGGACAACCGUUUCGGAGUCCCCAGCGGCUAUCUUGGAGCUGAGUUUCAAGAAACUAUGGAAACUACUAGCUUCAAUCCCCCCAAUCCAAUUGAAGCUGCAGCCCCAUGUGUUGGACACAGCCUUCCAGGAUAUACUGAUAAUCAAGCAAUGGAUUUAAGAAGCCCUGAGAGAAAAUGGGCACUCGGACUUCAGUUAGAAGGCCAGCCUUUCCAAAUCAUGAUGGAAGUUCUCAAAGCUCUGCAAGCAAUCAACGUCCGAUGGAAGAAUAUAGGGCAUUAUAACAUGAAGUGUAGGUGGCUUCCCAGCUUUAUUCCUGGUCUUAACAACAAUCACUACUUUGGGGAUGAUGAAUCCGCCGUCAUCGAAAACAGUGGUGUUACCAAGUCCCCAAAUGUUGUCAAGUUCCAAUUGCAGCUUUACAAAACUGAAGAGGAGAAGUAUGUGGUGGAUGUUCAGAGGCUUGAGGGGCCGCAGUUUCUGUUCUUGGAUGUUUGUGCUGCAUUCCUUCAACACCUCCGGGCCCUUUAGCUGGAAUUAAGUGUAGGUUUGGUUAAGGGGUUUUAUUGGGACUCUUGUAAAAUUAUUUAGUAUACAAUCCAUAAUAGUAAUGUUAGUAUUAAAAGAAAUAUUGAUAUCUGUACCAAAAAUGUAAUAUUAGUAUCUUUAUUCAUAAUUUUCUAUGUAUUAAUAGAUACAUAAUAAUCUUAAAAUUUAUUUUGAAAA